CUUUUGGCCAAAGCAGCAGCAUGUGAGCAUAAUUUUCUUUGUAUAAGUUUACAACGACCAUCGAUCAUGGAAAUGCCGUUCAGUGGCACAUUAAAAUCUCCCCUGCAUGACCGAAUAACGGAGAUGCAACGGAAAAUUCAACUGUUGGAGGGCGACAGAACUGCGUACUAUGAGAGCUCCCAGUCUGCCAUUAAAAGGAACAGAGAUACUAUACUCCAGCUAAGGCAGGAGAACAAACUGCUGUACAAAAAACUGGCAGAGGCAAAUGCUGGUGAUAAAAAUGUGAUCAAAGUGGCUUUUCGUAAUAGAGGCUUGGAGAAGGAGACCUACCGCAACAUGUCAGGGAAGGUGAGAACAGCUCUUAUGACUCUGGACCAGAGUGUGCUGGCCAAGAUGAAACGUCUCAAUGCCCUAAAACACACCACUCAGACCAAGCAGCGCCACCUGGAGGACUUGAAAAUAGAUUACCAGAGGAUGAAACCAGAUCAGAGUACCAGAGCCUGGCCUGCUGAUGCUCAUCCUGAGAUUAAAGGGGAAGAUUCCAUGAAUAUGCGAGCACUGAAGAACAGCCUGGAAAAAACCCAGUUUAAGUGCAAGGAGGCAGAGAGCAUCAUGGCUAGUUAUCAAAAAGUCAAACGUCACCUGCAGGAUGAGGCUCUCACUUUCCAGGGCCAGCUGGACAGUCUGGAAGCGGAAAUCCUGAAGCACAGAGAGGAACUAAACAGCAUGCAGUCCAUGAACACGGUUGCCCAGCUCUCUAAAGAAGCUGCUAAGGCAGAGUUACAACAGCAGGAGGAAUUGCUCUACAAGGAGCGCAAGGAGAGAGAGCGUAUUAUAGCUAGCUACAGAAAGAAGGUUGAGGAGCACAAGGCCCAAGCUGAAAAAGUUGAUAGAAGGAGAGCAACUAUGCAGCCGGAUGAGCUGAGCAGUGAGGCCCAGCGCAGCAGCCCUAGGAUACCAUGUGAGGAGGAGAAAGUGAUCUCAAUUUUUGAGGAGGCCUUCCAACGCAUUAAGGAGGCUACUGGAGUCAUAGAUAUACAGGAGAUAGUCGAGCGCUUUAUAUCGCAGAAGGAAACACACCAACAUUUGGAGACGUUAAAGGAAGAGAAUGAGAUGGAGCUGCAGCAGCUGAAGGAGCAAAAGAAGCUCCUGAACCAACAGUUUCAGGAUAUGAAAUACUCUGGAGAGGCUAAACUCUCCAGAGACCAACAGAUUCUGGAGGAGUGUGAGCAGCAGCUGCAGGCUCAGCAGCGGAGGUGUGAUGCCAGUGAAGAGCGCCUGGAUUGGCUUGUUAAAAGCCUCGGUACAGUCCGAGCUGGAGUGGAGCAUCUUGCUGACAAACUUCAACACAUCACGCUGACUGAGGAAGCAGGGGUAGAGGCGUCUCAGGACUCUGAUGAUUCUGUGGUGGAGCUGAUGUCUCAGUGUGAGCUGAAGCUGCAGUUACUGCAUGAGGAGCUUCAGGGAAAGGAUCGAGCUGCAAUCAUGAAGGAAAUGGAGGAAGAAGAGUUCUGCACCAGGAUUGAGGGGAAGCUGCCACCAUAUAACACCCGUGUCAGGCUGCCUGAUGACCCAAGUGUAGACCUCUUUCAGGAUGAUGAUGAGAGUGAAGAGGAUGAACCCGACAUCAUCUCCCGGGAGGCACUGAAGCGUCAGUCUCAGCUCAUCAUUGACUCCAAAUCCAAGAAGAAGCCCUGGAGGAAGAAGAAGGGCAAGUUCUGAUCCUGAACCACAGCCUCAAGGCACCGGAUAAAUAAAAGCUUUCAACCAAAAGUAAAUAAAAGAAUGAGAGCAGCAACAACUUACCUACAAAGUUUCUGUUUAGUCUUUAAAUGUUAAACUUCUGCAGCAUUUAUGUGUUGUAGUGGUUGCAACAAACUUAAGUAUUGUGUGAAAAUACCUACAAUAUGCAUAUUUUAAGACUUAUUAAAGGAGAAUAAUUACCAUUGUUUCUUAUAAACAGAUAUAUUGCACCUUCAUAUCUACUUACUUGUUUUAUGAGGAUUUUUGUUUUGUUUUGAUGGCAGUAAUGUCCCCUUCCAACUGUUAUUAUGCUCCACCUCUUACCAUCAUUCAGAAAUCCAGCCUGUGCCUCAGGGAUGCUAAUAAAACAUUGAAAACACUGCUCCACCCUGUCACAUAUUUUAUUAUCUUGCCAUAUGCUGCAUUG